UGCAUUCAAGCGGAUAUCAUGGAAACAGUGGCCAAAGAUAUUUUGCGCAAGUACCCAUGCUUGGAAAUGGUGGAUGAUGAUGGAUACGGAGAUGGUUUGAGUUACGUGGUAUUGAAGCACAAGUUAAUCAACCACAAUUCAUACCUUAACCGGUUCAAAGAUCCGAACCAUCAGACAACCAAAGUCACUUCACAGACCCGGAAAUGCAGCAACGCUAGAGCGGGUACUUCCAAAGAAUACUGGGCCAAAUCGUCCCCUGAAUGUGCCAAAGAACUUUUUGUAAAACUGCGAAGAGAUGAGCCUAACUUGCUAUCUGAUGAGUGUCUGCAAUCAACUCAUGCAUUUGUUCGAUAUCGUUUGGAUUCGCAUCGAGAUCUGAGAACGUUACUGUUGGAACUUCCGGUUCUGCGCAGAAGGAAAUUGCUGUCCUACCAUUUCAACCAAGCUACUGGAACUGACAUCGACACACUACGCAAGUUUUUCAACAUGAAACGAGUCAAAAUAAUUGAGUAUUCGGCAGCAGUCAGUAAACCAGGGAAACUGCUUGAAUCUUGCUCGGAUGCUGAAAUUUUCCAGUUUCUGGCUUCUAUGGUUGGCGAAAAUUUGAACAACCUUGUUUUGAAGAAGGAGGUAGGAACACGGAUGGAGGACAUCGAUCAUGCAUCAGGUGGACCAGUUUUGGUCGCGAUAGGUGAGUUUUGACUACAGAAUCACCCGACAUUAUACUGCCUAUUAUCGCAUGCCAAAUCUAUAUGAAUAGAAAACCCAGCAAAUAUGGGACUGGUAUGCGACCAUAGGCAGAAUAGAAUAAGCUGAAUUACUUGACUUGAGACCUAAUAAUAAAUUUAACUUAUCAUAUUUUGUUCUUCUUUUUUCUUUCAGACAUGGGAAAUGAUAAAGCUAUGUAUUACGUUUACGCUGAGCAAACACGUCUUUCGGAAGGAACUGAAGAUAUCGUUGGCGGAAUCCAGGAUCUAAUGAGCGUUCAUUACGUCCACAAUUUUGUGUACCUGAAGGAGGCAUCAAAGUUUCUCGAGCUAGUCCAACAAUACUUCCUCAAAAUAAUCCCCAGCAAGGGCUCCAAAUCGACCGCCAACCGGGUUGGUCCAAUUCAACGUGUUGUUAAGAAAGCCAUUGAAACGCUUUCAUCAUAUGACGCGUCACAGCCUGGCCCUUCUAAUUUGUGAAAUGCUAGUUUGUUCAACUGAGUGCGUUGAGUUAUGUUAAUAGUAUGAAUAAUUACUAGCGAACAUCUGAAACAUAAUGGGUUUUUAUGACAUUUAAUAUAGUUAAGAGAUAAAAGCUUGAAAUCUGCAAGUGUUAGAUGUUUUAGAUAAGAGAAUAAAAGAGUUUUUAUUAUACUCAAAAUUUGUUUCAAUGCAAUUGCUGCAAGAAUUUAUCACAUAACUUUGAUGGUUGAUGUGGUGGCACUAGUUUUGCCAAGUUGAAAUAUUCCAAAACAAAGAGGAAAAAAAGGUAAACCCACAAAUUUUCCGGGUUUUAACGUUUUUUUUGGGAUAUUUCGACUUGGGAAAGCUUAUGUCGCUCCCCAAGCGGUCAAUAAGAGAUAUUUUAACCAAAGAUAUAUAAUAUUACUAUAUAGGAUUAAACUUACAAGUAAAUGUAAAUUUAGUAUUGUGAAAAUGAAAUUUACAUCUGUCAAUUUGAGCUCAAUGUAAAAAUAAAAUCUAAUGUAAUGUUACGCCAUAUGUCACGCUCCAAUUAUGUGCAUGAUAUAUCAUGUAAACUUA